UCUCAGUCACGACCUGCUGCGCGCCUGACGGAGCAGCCUGCGCAGUGUUUAACUGUCGCUUUAAGACCCAUUUCCCCCCAUUGUCAAACAGUCGUGAGCAGGAAGAGGGAAACGAAAGCAGAGACCGAGGGGGCCGACGUAUUUAAACACGAUGCUGCCGCCGCCGCUGCUGCACAAUAACGGCGGAGGAGCGCGUCGCCUCAGAGGAGACGCACGGAGACCACAGACCUCCGACAGACCGACCCGACUGAUGCUGUUUUAAUCCUCAGUCCUCAGGAGUCCAGCAGAGAGACACGGCGCACUGAAGAUGCCACCGCGGGUUACUGCCUCAGGAAAUGAUGACGGAGUCCCCCAUCAUCGCCUAGCUGCUUAGAGCGAACAUUUUCACGUCUUGCGGCCAUUUCCUCAGGACUCACCCGCCCUCGUUUAACGCAUAAAAACGCGCUGUAGCUGCGUCUUGGGAGGCUGCGGGAGCAGGUGCUGCGCGUCUCGGCGCCGGACCCCCGAAACCUGAUCCGGACCGGACUGGGACAUCGCAUGAUAGACAUGACAUCCACGAUAGAGAGGAAGACACUGGAGGCAAACGAGGAGCCAGUGGACGAGGUCCUCCAGAUGCCACCGUCCCUGCUGACAUGCGGUGGUUGUCAGCAGAGCAUCGGCGACAGAUUCUUCCUGAAGGCCAUCGAGCAGUACUGGCACGAGGACUGCCUGAGCUGCGACCUGUGCGGCUGCCGACUCGGAGAGGUGGGCCGUCGGCUCUACUACAAGCUGGGAAGAAAGUUAUGUCGGAGAGACUACCUCAGGCUCUUCGGUCAGGACGGUCUGUGUGCUUCCUGCGAGAAGAGGAUCCGAGCGUUCGAGAUGACGAUGCGUGUGCGGGACAAGGUUUACCAUCUGGAGUGCUUCAAGUGUGCCGCCUGCCAGAAGCACUUCUGCGUGGGUGACCGCUACCUGCUGAUCAACUCAGACAUUGUGUGCGAGCAGGACAUCUACGAGUGGACCAAACUCAACAACAACAACAUGGUUUAGCAGAAUCUGUCGCUCGAGACGGAGGAGCAUCACUAUGCCUACUCCCUCUGGCUUUAAAAGGGAAUGAACCUUUGAUGAACAGACUCCUGUAGCCCGUCAUGCGUCUGACAUUCACAUGGAAUUGUUUUGGCAGAAAAAGGAGAGGCUACCUCUCUGCAUUGCUCCCUGCUGGAGACUAAUGACGACUGCACCAGCAAUAACAGAGAGCUUUUUAAAUUAAGGCUCCAUUAUUAAAUGCAAAAAAAAUACGACUACCUGCAAUAAUGGCUAUUUGAUAUACACGCUGGGAGUGAAGAAUUUUUGAACUACAGAAUAAAUAUUUCUCGAGGUUCUUGUAGUCAAACACUGUUGCUGUUUCUGGUCUGAAAUGUACAAUACAAAUUUCAGUAAGGUUUCAUUUUAUGGGUCGCUAAUUUCCUGAGACGAACUGUGCAACCUGGAAAUAAUUCUAGGCAGAGACUCCAUUUAAACACAAAUAAUACAAAUAUUCAUUCUUUAUCCAUUUAUUAUUGAAAAUGAUCUGAUCCAUACGGGUUGUAAAAGAGGACCACUGUUUUUUUUUCUAUGUGAAAAGUAUAAAUGUACAUAGUUCUCUCCAAGCAGGAGAUUACAGACCUGUAAAAUAAUGCUUCACCAGACUAUGAUGUUGUAAAUGGAAGACAAAGUCAGUUGUGAUCAGAAUAAUUGUCUUGUAUUUCCAGGUUGAACUGGUGGCGCCCUCUAGUGACCGAGGGAACCCCAUGCAAUACUCAUUUUACUGACUUUUGUAACUGAUACAAUUCUCUGGACAAGCACCCAAGACUUUUUGGAUAUUUACUUGUCAAUUUAUUAAAUAAAUUACAAUUUAGAGAAACAUU